CUCAUCCACAGUGGAGUUAAACCUUACAGCUGUGACUUGUGUGGGAAGUCUUUUACCCAGGCUGGAAGCUUAAAAACACACCAACUCAUCCACAGUGGAUUUAAACCUUACAGCUGUGACUUGUGUGGAAAGUCUUUUACCCGGGUUGGACAAUUAAAGAGACACCAACUCUUCCACAGUGGAGUUAAAGUGUACAGCUGUCACUUGUGUGGAAAGUCUUUUACCGAGGCUCAAACCUUGAAAAAACACCAAGUCAUCCACAGUGGAGUUAAACCUUACAGCUGUGACUUGUGUGGAAAGUCUUUUACCCGGGCUCAAACCUUAAAAAAACACCAACUCAUCCACAGUGGAGUUAAACCUUACAGCUGUGAUGAGUGUGGAAAGUCUUUUACCGAGGCUCAAACCUUGAAAAAACACCAAGUCAUCCACAGUGGAGUUAAACCUUACAGCUGUGACUUGUGUGGAAAGUCUUUUACCGAGGGUGGAAACUUAAAGAGACACCAACUCAUCCACAGUGGAUUUAAACCUUACAGCUGUAAAUUGUGUGGAAAGUCUUUUACCCAGGCUGGAAGCUUAAAAAGACACCAACUCAUCCACAGUGGAUUUAAACCUUACAGCUGUGACUUGUGUGGAAAGUCUUUUACCCGGGCUGGACACUUGAAAAAACACCAAGUCAUCCACAGUGGAGUUAAACCUUACAGGUGUGACUUGUGUGGGAAGUCUUUUACCCAGGCUGGAAGCUUAAAAACACACCAAGUCAUCCACAGUGGAUUUAAACCUUACAGCUGUGACUUGUGUGGAAAGUCUUUUACCCGGGUUGGACAAUUAAAAAGACACCAACUCUUCCACAGUGGAGUUAAAGCGUACAGCUGUGACUUGUGUGGAAAGUCUUUUACCCUGGCUCAAACCUUAAAAAAACACCAACUCAUCCACAGUGGAGUUAAACCUUACAGCUGUGAUGAGUGUGGAAAGUCUUUUACCGAGGCUCAAACCUUGAAAAAACACCAACUCAUCCACAGUGGAGUUAAACCUUACAGCUGUGACUUAUGUGGAAAGUCUUUUACCCAGGCUGGAAGCUUAAAAACACACCAAGUCAUCCACAGUGGAGUUAAACCUUACAGCUGUGACUUGUGUGGAAAGUCUUUUACCGAGGGUGGAAACUUAAAAAAACACCAACUCUUCCACAGUGGAUUUAAACCUUACAGCUGUGACUUGUGUGGAAAGUCUUUUACCCAGGCUCAAACCUUAAAAACACACCAACUCAUCCAUAGUGGAGUUAAAUCUUACAGCUGUGAGUUGUGUGGUAAGACUUUGGCUCAAAAUAGCAGCUUACAGAGGCAUCUAGUUACCCACUCUGGAAUUAAGGCGUACAGCUGCGACUUUUGUGGAAAAAGUUUCAGCAACAAACACUACCGAAAUAGUCACCUGCGGAUUCACACUGGAAAUGAUGUUUAUUGCUGUGAUCAGUGUGGGAAACUGUUUGCAACAGGUGCACAGUUACAAAAACACAUGCUUAGCCACACUGAGGAGAGACCUUAUAAAUGUGACCUGUGUGAGAAGACUUUUAAAUCUUCAAAUCAGCUGAAUAUCCACCAACAGAUCCACACCAGAAAGUAACUCUACAAGUGCAGUUACUGUGAGGAUGUAUUUAUUUUCAUCUUGUAAUUGUAACCUGAGUGUUUGGAACAAGUCUGAUUAGUAAACCUAUGGAGUUAAGUAACCUGAGUUUUAAACAGUAAAAUGUAAUUGGACGUUGGCAGAGAUGCUCUUUAUUUCAGGCGACGUUCAGCAUAAAAACGUUGAAGGA